AUGUUGCUGAGGAUAUGGCUUGCGCUGCUGCUGCUGUUGCUGUUCGAGUGUACAUGCGCGGAGUUGGAGGAAGCCGAUGGGGAGGUGGAACGAGACGACGAUGGCGUAUAUGUGCUAAAUGAAAGGAAUUUCGAUUCGUUUCUGCGAAAACAUCCCACAGUGUUGGUCGAAUUCUAUGCACCCUGGUAUAAUAUCGAGGGAUAUCCAAUACUUAAAUUUUGGCAGAACAGUGAAGAUCCAAUCAAUUAUGACGGUGAACAGGAUGCAGAAGGCAUUAUCGAAUGGGUAUCAAAAAAAGCGGACCCCAACUACAAGCCACCUCCGUCCAGUGUUCUCACACUGAGCAAGGAAAAUUUCACUGAAAAAAUCAACUUAGAACCAUUGAUGCUCGUCAAAUUCUACGCCCCAUGGUGUGGACACUGUAAGAAACUGGCGCCUGAAUUUGAAAAAGCCGCUAGGCAGUUAAAGGUUCGUGAUUUAAUGCUCAGGACAGUUCCUCUUUUGUUACAUUUCGUUAUUUCUCGUCAGGAGAGGAAUAUUGUGCUGGCAGAAGUGGAUGCCACUGUGGAGACAAGCCUGGCCGAGGAGUUCGAUGUCACUGGUUAUCCAAAGCUACUUAUUUUCCGGUAUGGCAAGAAAUUCGAGUACAAGGGACCUCGUGAUGCUAGAGGUAUUUCCUUUUUCUGGACACAAUCAAAAAUCUGUUGUUUGAGAAAAUACUUCGCUUCAUAUGUUGUUUUUGCCUCCUUAUGGGUCAAUUUUGAAGCGAUUGAAAUUAAGACACUCCUUAUUUGUUACAUUUAAUU